ACACUCUAUUAUUAUAUCUACAACUAUGUUAAGGAACACUGUUUUGAAGCAAGCUUUAGAAAUAGCUAAUGGACAUAUCUAUGUCCUAGUUUUAUUUCAGUACAUCUGGUGUAACGAUUUAUUUCACGGAAUUGAGUGCCUCGAUCGGCCACCUUUUUCUCCGCCCAACAGCCCCUCGCCAAGAAUCGGGUCAACAUCGGACUUUCUCCACCAACAGCUGAAAUUCUCGCUUCCCAGUCUUUUCUUGAUACAACACCGUCUUGGUAAAUCUUGGUAUUUUGGUGAUGAAAAAGCUCCACGUGUCGAUGGAUGAUCCAAUUUGCGGCUCAUGUUUAGUUACAGCUUAUGAGUAAUUACAAUGCCAAUCAAGAAGAAAGAUCAAUCCCGACGCCAUGCUUCCUCAGCCCUUUUGAUAGAUCUCCGUGUGAAGACACCACAUCCUCAAGUCUCUACGAGCAGCUUGCAAUCUUGAAUGUAACCCACCCAUUGAGAGCAGUGGUUCCAGAGAGGCUGUAGCGCUCUGGUCUCCAACCAUCACCAUGUUGCGACUGCUUUCUACGGUUAACAAGUCUGCUUUAGGAAAGCUUGGCCGUCAUUCGACUUUUCAAGGACUCCACGAAGCCAUACCGCCUUUAGUUCAAUACUAGCGCUUGUUUUCGCCCCGUGGGGCGGAGAUGUUUUCCACCAUCACGUCGCCACGCGGUACACCCCGCAGAUGCUAACCUGCUCAAUGAAGAACUCUUGGCUCAAUGAGAAAGGAACUUGGCUGGCGAUGGACAUUCGAACUGGCCUUUUGUGGGGACUUAUAUAAGGAGCCGGUUCGCCCAUCGUUUUUCAAUAAGUUGCAUUGGUGGCUCAAACACUUUUCGCGCAUCUUUUCGUGCACCGCAAUCAUGGACUCAACGACUUCUCCUCCAGCUUCCUCAGAGCCAAAGAUUCCUUCCCCCGCAACCAUUGGUGUGGAAUCCACUGGUAAUCAGGCAAAUGAAGCGACUCAUGCCAUUCAACUCGAGCGAGAUCUCUCGUUGAGAGACACUUUCAAGCUCUACCCAAGAGCCAUCAUGUUCUCCUUCGUCAUAUCCCUUGCCGUCAUUAUGGAAGGCUACGACACCAAUCUCAUGGGUAAUUUCUACCCUUACCCGUCAUUCAAGAAUCGCUUCGGCGAUGAAGUUGAUCCCGAAGGCGGAAUGUUGGUUUCGGCAAAGUGGCAGACAAUCAUCGGCAACUCUACCCAGGUUGGGUCUAUCCUUGGUCUUUUCCUCAAUGGUAUCGUCUCAGAACGUUUUGGGUACAGAAUGACUAUGAUCUACUCCAUGGUAGCUCUCAUUGGUACAAUUUUCAUCCCAUUCUUUGCCACGAGCCUGGAGAUGUUUGUCGCCGCCGGAAUUCUCCAAGGACUGCCCUGGGGUAUUUUUCAGACCCUAGCGGUGACAUAUGCUGCCGACAUUUGUCCAACGUCACUUCGAGCGUAUAUGACUUCAUGGAUUAACAUGUGCUGGGUCAUCGGUCAAUUGAUUUCAUCCGGCAUGCUUCGAGGACUUCUCAAUCGUACAGACGAGUGGGGAUACAAAAUUCCCUUCGCCGUACAAUGGGUCUGGCCAAUUCCCAUCAUGAUAGGGACAUUCCUUGCCCCAGAGUCACCCUGGUGGCUCAUACGAAAAGGUCGUAAUGAAGAGGCCAAGAGCGCUCUUCUUACUCUCACCACUCGGAACUCCGGCGUCGAAUUCGACGUCGACGCCCAAGUAUCCAUGAUGGCAGUCACGAAUCGGUUCGAGAUCGAGUCCAGCUCUGGUGCACACUACUGGGACUGCUUCCGAGGAACAGAUCGCCGCCGUACAGAGAUUGCUAUGAUGGUCUGGCUCACUCAGGCGUUCUGCGGUAUUCCGUUCAUGAGCUUCAGCACACAAUUCUACCUUCGCGCUGGCCUCAACAACGAGGAUGCAUACAGCAUGAACAUCGGUCAGACUGCUCUUGGAUUGGUUGGAUGUCUGAUUGCGUGGUGGUUGAUGACCAAAUGUGGACGCCGAACUCUGUACGUGUGGGGUUUGACUGCCAUGUUCGUGCUCUUGAUGGCCAUCGGAUUCUGCGGCCUCAAACCCAAUGCUGGCUCGGCAUGGGCAGCCGGCUCACUCCUCCUCGUCUUCCUCUUCGUGUUCCAGCUAUCCGUCGGACCCACUUGCUAUUCUCUCGUUGCUGAGAUCCCAUCAACUCGUCUCCGUAUCAAGACUGUCGCCCUCGCACGAGCAAUGUACAAUGCAGGUGGUUUCAUCAACAAUGCAUUGAUGCCACAAAUGAUGGGACUUAAUGCGUGGAACUGGGGAGCGAAAGCUGGAUUCUUCUGGGCUGGAAUUGAUGCUUUGUUCUUGGUCUGGGUAUUCUUCCGCUUGCCUGAGCCUAAGGGUCUUACUUAUUCCGAACUUGAUCUUCUCUUCGAGCACGGCGUUGGGGCUAGAGGAUUCUCGCAGAGUGCGGCUGAUCUUUUGAAGCCGGUGCUGCAGGAUGUCGGAGUUGUCGAUGAGAAGGUGACGGCAGUGCAUGUUGAAUAGAGGUAGAUAUGACAUACUUCAUGCAGGCUCUUAUCAUGAAUGAAACCCGGUAAUAGACAUCAUACUAGCAUAUCUAAAUGUAUUGUAAUAAUUACGAUACUUCAAGUCAGCUGUUUGCCUAACGGAGAAAUUCCGCGACUUGGCAGACUUUCAUCGUCGGUCGAGUUGAGAGAAAAUGUAAGUCUCCCACAUGGUGAACGCAACAUCUACAGCAUAUUAUCUCAGACUAAUGCAUGACUGAACGCGUAGGAUAAUUGGAAUAAUUAUGCCAAGGACCAAGAAUGCGCUGGCCAAUGUUUUCCUUGUCAGAAGCAGACCCCUCUAUUUAGUUUCCUAAACUCCUGAUAUCCAGCCACGUCUAUGUUGCCAAGUCUUCUCCAACUCCACGGAAUGUAAUGAUAUUACGAAACAAAGAGAACGUCUUAUGUAGAAUAAAUCAAAAUACGGUUCGCAGCACCACAAAACUGGGUCGCGUUCCCACUGCAGAAUAUCUUCGAGCAAUCCGUGAGCGGCGCUAUGGUUGUGGUCGUCACAGCGUUAUCGCAAUAACACUGUGUUCCAAACUCGACACCAGCUUUCGAAUAUCCUUUAGCCGCACACGUCGUGGAACAUUUCUCUACCGUCAUUGCAGAAUUGAGAGUUGUGGUAUAGCCUUGAAGAAUUCUUCCCGUGCCCGUCCCAUCCACCAGACAGCCCUGCAGUGAAUAAGCACCGGAAUUUUGGACAAACCCUGGAUAGUCAAAGUCUGUUUGGUUGUAAAUUGAUAGGCGUGAUGGACCUCCGCAGAUUUCGCUUGAGUUUCCUACACAUGGGACAGUGCAUCCCGUACGGCCAAGGGUGGCCCCGUUGCUGAGAGCAAGCCCACAGAAACAUUGGUUACCGUUUUCGAGACCUGCAAGUGCGUAGUGUUUUUGAAAGCAAUAUCUUUGGCAGGUGGAUGCAUCCAUUGUGCUGUUGUAGAGUAGGAUGCCCGUUAGAGCGCGGGUAGCACUCGUAUCGUUCGCGCAUCCGGCAUAAGCCCAAGGCUGCGCAAGAGAAGUCGGUGAUACUGAGGGAGCACUUGAGGAUGUUGAAGAUAAUGACGCUGAACUUGAUGUAGUUUCCCGAACGGUACUCGAGAAAGUCAUGGUCUCAAGGGGCUCCUUCGAGGAAGAAGUAGGUGUUGGAUCCGAUAGGGAACUCGACGAGCUUGACGAUGAUGAUAAAACGCUCGAAGAUUGAGACGUUGUCUCCACUGCUGAGGUUGAGCUUGAGCUUGAGCUGCUUGAAGCCUGCGCUGUGGUCGAAUUUGAGAUCUCAGUUAUACUCGAGGACGUGGAUGUUGAUACUGAUGUUGUAGAGCUUAUCUGAGUCGCGAUGCUUGUACUAUCAGACGAGAUUGUCGAUUGUGCAGAAGUCGAAGAAGACGAUACAACGCUUGAAAUUACGUUCGCCGUGAGUUGGUAAAGCGUCAAACCACUGCUUCCUCCACAUAUCUCCAUCUUGUUUCCCGGACAAAGCAUUUUACACCUACCAUCUGUGGCGGCGAAACUCCCAAAACUCAGCACAUUGCCACAAUAACCUGGAUGACCAUUAGCGAGAAUCUUCUGAAAAUCAGAGAUUUACUUACACUCUGCACCGUACUCGACACCGAAAUAGUUAUAGCCAGUACAAUUUCCCAUACAAAACUCCAAAGUCAUAUCCUUAGUUGACGACUUCUUCAUGCCUACAAGGGUUCGGAUUGUUGUAUUAUCAGACCGACAGUCCUUAUAAGUGUAGCUUCCAAUCACUGCUGGAAUAGAGGGACCAGUAGGUACUGGUAUGGCUGAUGAUGCCUUGGAGAAUAUGUCGGAGGAUGAGGAGGUAGGAGUUGCGGUGCCGCUUCCACUACUUUGGGACGACAAGGCGCUAGAACUGCUGGAGGUCCCCGAGCUCGUCGUUGUUUGAGUUGAUACAAGAGAAGAAGUCGCUGAAGAUGAACUCAACGUAGCUGGCGUUUGUGUCUUGCUCGUGAGGGUUGAAGAAGCCGACGGAACUGAUGACGAAACGGUCCUGGAGCUUGAUGCUGAACUUGUGCUGCCGGAUACUGUGGAGGCAGAACUUGUAGACCCAAUCAUCUGGCGUGUUGCUGGAUCGAACUUCAAAGAAUCGUAGUACAGGGCAAGGAACCCUCCGUUACCACCACACCAUUGGGACGAAUCUCCAGGGCAUGCAUAAUUGGCACAUUUGAGAUCUGCCACUUGAAGGGAGACAGAUGGAAUGACAGCUCCACUCCAGCACUGCGUCUUGAACUCUGUUCCAGCGAAUGGAGAGCCUGCCGUCAAAGCUUGUUCUUGACAAAGCCCGUUGGUAUUAGCUGCAUUGUUGAUCAUCUUGGUCUCGAUGCGAGCAGCAUUAUUAUCAACAAAACAUCCUAACCACCUGAAUCGUGAGCUACCAUCCGGUAAAAGUGGACCAACACGGGCAGGAGCCAGAGUGCCUGUAAAAUUGACGACGUGCACACCCCAUGUAAGAUCAUUUGUGUUGAGGGUCCAUGCUGCAGAGUAAGUGAUCGGAUCUGCAUUCAGCGCUCCUGAAUUUGGCUUGAAGUAAACGACAGCACUCAAAUUCUUCCCUGGGGCUAUAGUAAGACCUUCAGAGAAAUCUGUAUUAGGAUUUGCAGCUCCCAGAAUAACGCCCUCAGGCGGCUUCGACUUCGUGAUCUCAAGGUUGGAGCCGCCAUUGUUGGUGAAGCGAACAGUUUGAAGAAUGGUACCAGCGGUGCUGAGAGUUCCAAUGUCCACCUGAGUAGUACAACCUUCUGAAGGGAUGGGGCAGUUUGGGACGGUAAUCCAUCCACCCUCGUUGGUUGAUUGCUCCAGAAGCGCAACUGGAACAGUUGACGCUGUGCCAGCAAGAAUUAUGUAUCUAGUCCCACCAGUGGUGAAUACAGUCAGAAUACUGUAAAAGCUUCCAGUAGCUGUUGUGUCAAAAGUAAUCCCAACGGUCAACGACUCGCCCGGAUUGAAAACAGCACCUAGUGCCGGAAGGCCUUGGGCGUUGAAAUAACCUUUGGCGUCCAGAUUCGUUGGAGACCCC